GGCCUACCAGCGAAGAGAGUAGUUGUUUCAAGUAAAUUUCGUCAUUCGUUUCUUGCAAAAGUCUCGUGGCUUCUUCGACGAUUAUGCUUGUAAUGCUUAAGUGAUAUUUUUUAAGGACACCAAUCGGCAAUGGCUGAUUCCGAAUUCGAAGAAUUCAGGCAAAUAUUCGAAUCGUUGCCGCAACACCUUAAGGCAUCCGCGCAGACCUACACAUUGGUACACGAUGUGCUGUCGGACGAAGAAACGAAUAAUGAAACGGUUUCCCAUAAGAACGUUAACGGUUCCUCAUCGACCGAUGCUUUCAACGUGUUCUCUACGUCGGACAAUGACCAACACGAAUUGGAAAUAAAACAAACGGUGCGGUUGAGGUAUGAAAAGAGGAGGCGAAAAUUGCCAGAAAUUCCAAAAAACCGAAAUGGGUCAACGUUAAGUCUAGCCGAUGAGCUGGGCGAAGAUUUCUCGUCCUCGGACAAGAGGAAAUCCUUUGUGUCGGGUUUAAGAGACACCGAAUGUCGGUCACCAGACUCCGGAAUUUCCCUGGUCCAUUCCCCAGAUCGCGCAAAGUCCAGUUCACCUCAGCAAAUCGACACGCCAGCGUCGUCGUGCUGCUCUUCGGGUCUUCCUUUGUCUCAUCUAGAGUUGCUUGAAGCUACGCACAGGGGACUUUAUAAGUUCAUUCCACGUCACCGGGACGAGAUGGAAGUGGACGUAGGCGAUUCGAUUUACGUGCAAAAAGAAGCCGAAGACGGCUGGUGCGAAGGAGUGAACCUCCGGACUGGUGCGCAGGGUGCGUUUCCCUCGGCGUACGCGGUGGACGUGGAAUACACAGAAUUCGACUCGGCCGCACCCAAAGCGAAACGCGAACGGUUUCUGUUGGGCUACAUGGGUUCGAUGGAGACCAUGUGGCAUAAGGGCAAUUCCGUGCUGUGCCAAGCCAUACGAAAAAUCACCGAGAGAUCUAACUGCAAACCGCAGUCGUGCAUACUAGAAGUGUCCGACCAAGGUCUAAGGAUGGUCGACCGUGCCAAAUCAGCUGCAACGUCGAGAGAGACGAGCACGACGUUUCAAGAUUAUUUCUACUCGUUGAAGAACGUCUCGUUUUGCGCCUUUUAUCCGGAAGACCACAGGUACAUGGGCUUUGUGACCAAACACCCGACGUGCCAAAGGUUCGCGUGUCACGUGUUCAAAGCGAACGAAUCGUCGAGACCAGUAGCCGAAGCGAUCGGACGAGCAUUUCAACGGUUCUAUCAGAAAUACAUUGAAACGGCGUAUCCAAUCGAAGACAUAUACAUAGAAUAAUAAGCGAACAAAUACCAAAGGGCAGUGUGUAAUAUAAUCAAUAUAGAGUAAUAGAAUCUAUAGAUAAAAUAUUUACUGAGAGAGAGAGAGAAUAAGUGAAAAAUAAUCGCUAUUAUAGAUGCUAUGUUUGCGGUAGGAUGGCACCAAUUGACAUGCUACUUUUUGUCCAACUUUCGGUUAAACAGAAAGAUCGUUUUUAAAUUAUGCUAAUAUUAUUCUGUUAUUUCUAUAAAUAUUAAAAAUAUAUUCUUUUUGAUAGCAGCAAUUUUAACUAAAAAAAACAAUUGAUUCUUCGUUAAUAUAUCUAUGUCGAGACAAAGGGAAGAAGGAAAUACUAUGUUUAUUCGUAAAAUCAAGCUAUUUUUACACAUCAUCGAAAUGUAUUUUUAAACAUUAUCUUCCACAUUAACAACCGCAUAGAUUGAUAAUGAAAGCACUCAGACAUACCAUAGUUUCCACUUCGUGUAACACCUAAUUUAAAACAUAUCGACAUAAUUUUACCAAAAUUGACAUUAAAAACGUCUGCCAUCCUACCACAGAUAUACAUUUUUACCGGAUCUCUAACGUUUACCAUAUUAUUAUAAUAUUAUUUACGAGAGAAGAAUCUACAACAAAUUCACGACAGUGCUCUCUUUACAAUACCUAAAUACAAUUUGUGAUAAGAAUCAAAGUUUUUGAUGUAUUCUAAUAAGUAAAUUAAUAUAAUAUUAUAAGAUGUUCUUCCUUAAAGUUGUUUUUAAGCGUAUGUUUAUCUUGUAGCGCAUUAAACGUUAUGCAAAUGACUGAGCAUUUUAUUACAUACAGAGCGUUCGGAAAUCAAAUGUCGCACUCCACGUGAGGUGCUAAAAAUGUAAUUUUGUAUUUUUUGCAUAUCUAAAAUGUUCUGAUUAUCCGAUUUUUAUCAUAAAACAGUGAUGGAACCAAAUUUAUUUUACAUUUAUUGACGAAAAAAUAACUUAAAAGCUCGUACAAACGUUUGCGAAAAGAUUACUUAUGUUUAUUUAAAAAAAAAUCUUUCGACUUUAGUCAAACAUUUCAAAGAAAUUUUAUUUUUUGGUUUUUGUCAGAGUAUUUUUUUAGAAUUGUUCAUUAUUAUUUAUUUCUUACUUACAUCAUAGUUUUAUCAUAAAAAUCGGAAAACCCUAAGAAAAUGUUGAAAACAAAUAAUGGACUACAUGGAGUGCGACUUAAAAUUUUCGAACACCCUCGACAUAAAUAUAUUGCAAACCCCGAGAGCUAAGCGGCCGAAAAACGUGUUUUGACUUUUGAAAAUUAUUUUUAUAAAUGUUAUAGACUUUCCCAAUUUACGCGCAACUAUUUAUAAAAUCGUCCCGACAGACGUUAAAUAAAAAGCGAUAGUACAUUUUACCGUUGUAAUGAUUAUGACAAUAUUGUGUUUCACGAUGUUUGUAAAAAUUGUACUUAUUACCGACUUACUCUUGGGGAUGCAGCUCAUUAAUAAAACCCUUGCUAAUACUACUACUACCACUACCAAACACAAUUAACUGAUGUAUAAUGUUAUUUCGACCGAAACAUUUUGUUAUUAUUGGGUUAUGAACACUGGCUUAUUGUGAACACACCAGGCAAUAAAAGUAUAAACUUAGUUGAA